AUGGGGGCGCGCCCCGGGCCCCCCCGGCUGCUGGUCCUGCUCCUGGGAGUGGCAGGUGCUCUGGAUGCUCCCACGCGGCUCGUGAACGGCGUGGCGGGGGGGUCGGUGCUGCUCUCCCCGGACCUGCCCCUCAGCGGGACGGUGAAGAAGGUCGAGUGGGUCUUUACAAACGUCAGCCACAAGUUUCAGGUGGCCGAGUUCAGCCGGGGUGGAUUCGAGCGCCCCGACCCCCAGGAUCGGUUCGGGGACCGGCUGGAGAUGCCCAACGGGACAGCGCUGAGGAUCUGGAGGCUGGAGAGGGGAGACAGCGGAGUCUACGAGGUUCGGAUUACACUGCACCCGGCCACGCUGGAGACACAAAAAUUCACCCUCUCCGUCUACGCUCCGCUGCCCGAGCCAAAGAUCCAGAGGGAGCAGCUCUCCCUCACCCCCCGGCAAUGCAACCUCACCCUGCGGUGCCAGCCGCCCCCGGGCACCAACGCCACGGUGUCCUGGCAUCCCGGGACGCCGCCGGGACAGCCCUGCGGGGACAACCAGACCCUGUGCCUGGCCCUGCCCGUCCCUGCCCUUGACUCCAUCUACACCUGCGUGGCCCGCGAUCCCGCCCAGGAGCGGAACGUCUCGGUCCACCUGCACUCCCUGAGCUGGGAUGUUUGA